AUGAGGAAGCUACUGCUUGCAGUGGCGCUGUUGGAGACUCCGAGAGCGUCGGUGCUGAUUCUGGACCAGCCGUUUGACGGGUUGGAUGUGAAGGCGAGACGACAGCUACAGUGGAUGCUUGGACAGCUGACGAGGGGAUUUACGAGGCUCUUAGUGGAAACGACAGGAGCCAAACACGAGGCGUUUGCCUACAAGACUCAAGUGUUGCUGGCUGCGAACAGAUUGGAGCAGGUUUUCCCUGAAAUCUUUUCACACACAGUGCUGUUAAGACAAAGUGAUGGCGAUGACCAUGGAAUCGAGGUCGUAGCCUGGCCCGAAGACAAGGAAGACGAUGCACGCAACAAGGCCAUGAUGAAGCGUUUGGAGGAUUUCUACGCUGAAGAGCACGAGAAGCGAAUGAAGAUGACGGAGACGGAGCUGAAAUCACUUGUCGAACAACUCUUCAAGUGCCGGGAUGAAGCACGAUGUGUUGACGUCGACACUCCCGCUGUGCAAUUAAAUGGCGUGUCGAUCUCGUACGACCGUAAGAGAAUCCUGCUUCAAGACGUCGAUUUCGAACGCCAAUCACACGAACACUGGGCUCUGCUUGGGCCUAAUGGCUCCGGCAAGAGCUCUCUUAUGCGCGUCAUGAUGCAGACACCAGGUCACGGCCUGACAGAGGGCGAGGUCUUGGUCCCAAGACUCGAAGCCAUCUCGACGGAUCAGCACAUCCAGCUAUUGCACAAAAGCCUACAGACAGAGAAAGCUGAAGACCAAACUGCGUUUACUCUCCUUGAGAGCAACGCGGCGAGCUCUGAAGCUGCCGAACUUGCCAUGCGCUUGCUGGUGCUUCCAGAUGCAGUGAAGACGCGCAAGCUGUCGCAACUCUCGCAAGGCGAGCAGAAGCUCGUUCUGAUUGCUCGCGCACUGGCUGCAUGCCCGCAGUUGUUGAUCUUAGAUGAGAUCACGCACGGACUGGACCCGUUCAACCGCGCUCAUGUGUUGCGUGUGAUCGAAACUAUUGGUCGGCAUGCAGCACAACUGACGCACAUGGUGCUUAUCACGCACCACGAGGAGGAAAUCACGCCGUGUUUCUCGAACAUCUUUAAAAUCCAAGACAAACAGAUUGUCGAGCGACCUAGACAGGAAGAGACUGCAUGA